AAUCGCAACUUUAUUGACACACAGUUUGUGGGCAGGGUUGUCCUUCAGUGCAGCUAACCGGCUAUCCUUCACUACGGUUCACUGUCAGAGUUUGAAUUAACACCACCUAAAAGUGAAUUACGACACCGUGGACGAUGGCGGCAAGGAUUUUGCCCGUAGUGAAGCUGGCCACCAAGGUGACCAUUGCUGGAGGAGCCGUGUACGUUGCCUGUGACUCUGGCCUCUUGGGAAACAGUGAGCAGGGCUCAAAGGCCCUGGAGAAGGCCAAAGAAGUAAUACCACCUGCCAUACAGGAAUGGAUGAAGUACUUUGGUCUGGAGGCUCAGCUUCCAACCAUGCCCAAGAUCGAAUUCUCGCCUGUUCAGGCCUGGAAUUCUGGAGUGCGGUGGACAAUUUCAAAUCUUUCGGAGGCUCCAACGAAAGCAGCUGAAUACACAAAUCAGGGACUACAGUACCUGAAGGACCUCACCAAGUAAACGGGAACUAUCUGGGUGUCCUGGCAUUAUCAAUCUGUUUGACUUUUGCAUUCAAGAAACAACUUCUUCCAAAGUUCCAAAGUCCCAAAAGAAAGAAAAGAAAGAAGAAACAGCCAACAUGAAAGAAGUUGUGCAAGGAGCGUACGCAGGAGACUGGGUACUGUCUUUCUUCAGCCUACGGUGGUGUUAGGUGGGAGUUGGAGAUAAUGCUGGAAAGCAAAUGUAUUUAAAUAAGAGACAAAGGUGUCCUUCCAUUUUGUGUAUACUACAUUUAACUGUUGUCAACAGUGUCCAAUAUCAUGCUACCCUAUUCCCGCCAACCCCACAAAAAUGUCAGGAAGAGAAUGUAUAUAUGCAGUUUCCAAAUUUGUAAGUAAUAUAUCAUCUUAUAACAUGUCCGGUGUUAAGUUUGAUUUAUUGAGUCAGGCCACAUAUACCGCAUGCUGAUCAGGUCAGUGUCUACAAACAAGACUGAACAAAUGUGCAAAAAUCUUUAUUACUCAUGACAGAAUAAUAAUGACACAAAUUUCUUGCUGAUUCUGCUACAACAAGGGGGAGGAACGCAUGACUCCACACUACACAACAGCACCACUAGUGGUGACGUUGUGCAUCUUUUAAAUCUUUAUUUGGUUGAAGGAACAUGGUACUGAUUCUGACCCACACUGUCACUUCUUCACGGUAUAAUAAAGUCAAAUAAAGUCUGAAAA